GAAAUGGAGAAGCUUGCAUUUGAGUAGAAAAGGCAGCCAUCUACUUUAGCAAAUGUAAUACAGGGAGGUAAGCAUAAAACAGAGGCAUAUCCUGGCUGAGUGGCCCCCAGAGGCCAGAGUCAUUAGCACACCUGAGGAUGUCAAAGAGGAAGUGUUCAAGCUAAGUGUUCCAGGAUGAAUAGGAGUUUUCCAAGUAGUCAAGGGUGAAAGUAUGUUUCCACUAGAGGGAUAGUGCAAGAGUUUGGUUUUGCUAGAGUUUAAGGUAGUGGAGAAAGUGGUCCCAGAGGCUCGGGAAAGAUGCUGGGGCCAGGUGAUGAGGGCUCCUGAAUGUCACACUAACGAGUUUGAAUUCUGUCAUACUCAGUGGGCCUUUACCAUGUAAGGAAAAGCAGAAUGAUAUUAAUGAGGUGAUGCUCUUCCCACCUCUAAGUGUGACUGACCCAGAAUAGAGACCCUAGAAAGUUCAGUCACCACUGAUACGUCCAACCCUUCACUUAUACAUGAGGAACCUGAGGCCAGAGAUCAACUCAUUCUGCAAAACACCUGAUCAAGCAUGAACAAAACAAAAAUAGGUUAUCUGAGUCUAGUGCUUAAACUUCCUCCAUAUUAAGAUCCUCAUUUAAAUCCAGGCUGCUUCAUCUAAGCCCUGCAUUCCAUGUACUGGAUUCCAAUACAAGUACUGUUCCUGCGUGCUUUACUGAAUAACUGCGUCUCCCCUACCUACUGAAAGCCAGCACUGUCAGCCCUGCACGCUGGAAGUGGGGACCUCAGCUAGGAACAAGGAUAGGAGUUUUCCAAGGAGGAAAUGAGUCGAUUGUAAUGCAUUACAGAUGCAGAAACAAAUUCAAAACCCAAAACAGAUUGAGAGACUUCCUUCUUUCCCUUGAAUUUGCAAUCGUUGUUUUAGCACUGGAAACCACCGCAUCACGCAGUAGCUGCUCCCUGCUCUUAUUACCCCCAGCUGCCACCCAGUCCUUCCUUCCCCAGGGCCUAGCAGGAAGCACGCCAGCCAAAAUGUGUGCGUGUACCUGUGUGUGUGUGCGAGCGUGUUUGUGUUUUCAUAUUACAGGUGCCUGGGGGAACUCUCGCCCCAGAGCAACAGAGCAGGGGCUUGCCUGGGUCUCCUCCCACAUCAGGGCCCAGAAAAAGGGGUAGAAGCUGGCUUCACCCCCAGCUUCUGCAGGCUGGGUUCCAGCAGCGCCUCCACUUCUCCAGACCCUGGGCGCUUGCCUCUCUCCUCCCUUAGCAACCGCGAAGCUGUGGAUACCAACGGAGAGUGGGAGCCCGGUAGGCUGCGGGUAGCCCGGGCGCCCAGGGGCGGCGGCGGCCCAGCCCAGGUGCCCGCGCACAGGGGACCUCAGUGCGGAGCCACCCUGCGAGUGCGACUGUCGCAGCGCCAGCGCGCACGGGGCCCCACGCACCCACCCUCCGCACCUGCCGCGGGGUCCAAAAGGGAUCCUGCAAAAAUGAGCCAUUCUCACCCCGCUGGGUUACUUGCAGCAUAUAAUAGCCUUAUGGAUAAACACCUGGCUGGGUAUUUUAACAAUACAAGGAUAAGGCGUCAUCUCUUAAGAUCAGGACUGAUCACAAGAAGUGGAAGAAUACUUUCUGAAAAAGAAUAUAAACUAAAUAUGAUGAAGCGGGAUCAUCAAAAAUAUAUCCGGGAGUGCUUAGCCCAGGCAAUUUUUCAUAAAGUUCUUGAUAUGGAGCGUUACCAUCAGCUUGAAAUAAAAAAGAAAUUGGAGACUUUAGCUAGGAAGGAGCGAAUCCAGAUGUUUAAGGGAGAGCACAUAAGAAGGUCUGUUGAAAAUAACAUGCCAAUCCUAUCUCCCCACCCACCAGUUGGCCCAAAGACUAAUCGUGGCCAUAGUGUUCUGGUUGAUGAAGGACAUUCCAGUCCAUUAGCACUGACAGCCCCUCGACCAUAUACUGCUCCAGGAAACAUGCAGCCUCCAAUUCGAUUACAGCCUCUUCCCAGUCACCCUGCAGUAGAAACUGUUCCAAAGGUAACUUCGAGGUCCAGAUCAAAAACCUCAUUGCUGGAAAACGAAGCUCUGUUUCCCAUUGGGGGCAAGAAGGCAGUGAUGAAGUUCAGGAACUCCAUAGGCAAUUCACAGAGAAUGAAUUCAUAUCAACUUCCAAACAUUAACAGUUACAUGAUGCCUAUUCCUCCUCCACCACCCCCAAAUGGGAAAAUCACAAGAGAAAAUAGAUCUGAAACAUGGAGAAGGAGAAGAUUUCGUCCAACCACUGCUCCAAAUGGCUUAGAACCUCUUUUGACCAGGGAUUCAAGAAGGAUUCAUAAAACAUCCUUGCAUAGUAAUGCAGCUAUUACAAUGAUCUAUUUGGGGAAAAAUGUGCACCUAUCUUCUGAUAAUCCUGACUUCCGGGAUGAAAUUAAAGUUUAUCAACAGCACUGUGGUGGGGAAAACCUUUGUGUCUACAAAGGCAAACUACUUGAAAAAGAGACCUUUCAGUUUAUUUCCAAAAGGCAUCAUGGUUUCCCCUUCAGUCUCACCUUUUUCCUGAAUGGGAUGCAGGUGAACAGGUUAAGCUCCUGUUGUGAAUAUAAGCAUCGAAAAAGUUCCAGGCUCGGAGGCAAACGAGGCUACUUUGGGUUUGUGUGUGUUGAGAGAUCAUCUCCUUGCUACAAGUGCAUUAUUGCAAUGGGCCUUGACAAAAAAACAUCUUUGCCAAAAUCUAGGAAAGAAAAGAGCACUGAGAAAGGAGAGGACCUGAAGAAGGCUGAGGGGAAAAUGAGGCAAGAGAGGGAGUAUGUGAUACCGAAAGGAAAUGAGAUCAAGGAGAACCAAUCCUCUGUCUUAGCCAAAUUUUCAGCUCAAGAAAUAAAAACAGGGCCCAAAGAAGUUAUAACUGCUGUGGAGGAAAUGACAAGUAAAGGAAAACCAGGACACGAUGUCUGGGAAGACGACCAGGAAAAUACUUUAAAAUAUGAGUACGAAGAAGAUUUUGAAGUAGAUGAGGAGAAACAAGGUGAAAAAGCUAAUGAAGAAGGAAAGGCCGAUGUUCAAAUGAAUGGAAUACCACAGUCACCUUUGGAUGAUAAAAGAGAUAAUUUAGACCCUGAAAAAGAGAAUGAAACCUCAUCACAGAAGGCACCAGAUGCCCAUGACAAUGUGAAAGAUGAGAAUGAUGGAUGCUCUGAGAGUGAACUGGAAGAGGAUAAACAAGAUAUGAAAACUGCUUCAUCAACCUCAUCCAGAAGUCACUCUUAUUCUAGUGACAGUGAGGAUGAAUCUGCGGUGGGGGACAGGGAAGCCCAUGCUGACAGCAGCACAGAGGAAAGUGCCAGAAGUUCAUCUUCUCAGGAGCUGAGUGAAAAUGAUGAGCCAAGAAAGUCCCACCUUCCAAUUGAGGAAUCCUUAGACAUUGAAAUUGAAGACCAAGAAAUAACAAAAGCAGAUGUGGAGGCCAAGCCAAUACCAAUAGAGGAAAACUUUGAGAAUGUUCUUAAAGAAGGAACGGAGAAAGGAACCCAAGGGAUUGCAGAGGGUUUAUCUGAGAAGUCCGGGAAACAUGUUUCUGCAGAAGAAAAGGAAAAGGAUAAGAGUAAGCUUUGGGAAGAAAGCACUGCUCAGGUGAAGGACAAAAAGGCAGGUCUCCCUGGGGUGGAGGAAGGUGCUGGACAGAUAAUAGCAGAAGUCUUGGCAUCGGACUACCACUGCCACUAUGAUGCUGAGUCUGGUGUCAGCAGUGAAGAUGAGGGUGGGAAGCCACCGAGGAAGCUGGAGGUUGACACAAGUGGCGGAAAGGAUUCAUUUCCAUUAGCCUAUGACCUGGCUCUUGGUGCGCCAAGAAUGAAUUUAGUGGUGGAUGAAACAGCAGCAAUUAACUCAAACAAGGAAUGCCAGCAAUUGGCCCAAGAAACAUAUACACUGGAGAAGAAAGAAGCAAAGGAGGAAGAUGAAGGGCCCCAGCACAGAGAUGCUGACAUAGUACAGGGAAAAGGGGAGGCAGCCCUGUGGGGAGAAGCAGGAGUUGUUCACAAGGCUCCCUUGAGGGCAUGGAAGCCAACAGCAGAGCAGUCAGAGUUGGCAGAAGAGUUUACAGAAAAAGUGGAGAUCCCUCCAGGCAUAGAAAGGCGGGCAGAGGCAGCAGCAGAAGCAGAAGGGGCCAGAAGGCUGGGUGAAGCAUGCUCAGAUCCCGUAGGACAAGCAGCAGCAAAAGAUGCUAUGGGUCUGAGUAAAGAUAAGGCUCCCGAAAAGCAGGCUUUGAUGCUCACAGUGCUUGAGACAGACAAGGCAGCUUUUGAAGGGGAACAGGGUUUGAAGAAGGCGGUGCUUGCAAAUAAAGCAGCAACUCUGAACUCGGAGAAUCUUCAGGAGGCAGCAGCCCUAAGAGAGGCAGCGACAUCGGAGGAGGGAGAGGCUGAGGGUGGGGUGGCUGUGAAUGAUGUCGGGGAAAGUGAAGAGGAAGCAUCCAUAGACCUAGAGGACACGGGACCCAUGGAGGACACAGCACCAAAGAGAGAGGAUGGUUCUGAAGAGGCAAUUCUUGGGGGAGAGGAACCAGCCAAAGAGAGAAAGGAGGUUAUGAGAACAGAAACAGCCUUGAGCCCCUUCACAGGAGAGGCAGAGGCAAGUCGGAUGCAGGUUUCGGAGGGCAGCCCUGAAGACCUUUGCCAGGAAGAUGUGGAAGGGGAACAGAUGGUGACUGAGGCAGAAGCUAAUAGGGAAGAUGAUAGGAAAGAAAUUUUACCCAAGGAAUUAGAUGUAGCAGGAGAGCGAAAGAAAGCUAAGAGGCCAAAAACACCUCUGAGGAAAACUGACUCUGAGAGAGAAGAGGUGACAAGGGUAAAUGCACUCAAGGAUGAAGACGCUUUUAAAGAAGAGCAAAAACUUAAAGCAGAAGAGGGGAAAACAGAGACGGAAGUAAGAUCUGAGGAAGAGACAAAAGCCCCCACAAAUGAAAUGGGAUCUGAUGCUGAGAACGAAGCACCUGUGGAGGCAUCUGAGUUGUCUGACAAUCCAGGGAUUCUAGGAGAAGAUUCACUAAAAGACACAGUGGUUCCCAUAUUUGAAGCAACGCCUGGAUUUGAAAAGUCGCUGGAAAACAUAACAGCUUUGAGGAAAGAAGGAGGAGGAGAAAGACUGAGCGAAGCCAGAGACACAAAGCACAAAGACAGAGAAGAGCUGUCAAGCAGGGAGAAUAGGGCUCUGAAAGAGAGGCCCCGCCAAGAUGCAGAGGGGCCCUUGGCAGCUCCUGAAGGUGAGCCAGCAGGAAAGGUGCAGACCCCUGAGGGGUUGAUCCCAGCCACAGGCCAGGCAGAGGAGCUGGCAGCCAAAGAUCACGACUCCUGUGCAGGACUGGAGGGGAGGGCUGAAGGACAGGGAGGAGCGGAUGUCAUGCUAAGGACCCAGGAAGCUGUUCCUGAGGAAGAUCCCACGACAGCAGAAAAGUUCAGGCAGGAAGCAAAGGGUGAGGACCCAGAGAAGGAAGAGGACAAAGAGUGCACUCUGGGGACAGAAGCGAUGUGGGACAGGAACUCGGAAGGGGACGGGGCCAUGGAAGGCGGAGGAAACACAGAAAAGAAUGAGGGUAUGGGAGGAGGAAGGGUUGUGGCUGAGGAAGAUCUACAUGGAGGUAGGGAAAUGGCAGAAACAGCCGCAGAGGAAAGGGAGGUGUUGGCAGGUUCGGAGACAGCCGAAGAGAAAACAAUAACAAAUAAAGCCUCCUCCUUUUCAGAUGUUGCUGAGGAAGAAACCUGGCACCAAAAGGAUGAGUUAGUAGGAAAAACAGCAGCUGCAGGGAGGGUGGUGGUAGAGGAAUUAGCACGGAGUGGGGAGGAAGUGCCUGCAGUAGAGGAGAUGACAGUGACAUGUACAACAGAGACUGGGGUGGGCACUCCAGGAGUCCUGGAAGGGAAGACCUCAGGGCUAGGACAGGAGCAAGAAGGAGGGUCAGAGGGCCAGGAGGCAGCCACUGGGAGUGGCGAUGGGAGGCAGGAGUCGGGAGCAGCUGAAAAAUUCCGAUUAGGAUUAUCACGGGAGGGAGAGAGGGAAGUGAGUCCAGAGAGUCUACAGACGAUGGCAGCACUUCCUGUGAAGCCUGAUUUCACUGCAACCCAAGAGAAGCAACAGCAUAUGGUGCAAGGAGAAAGCGAGACUGCAGAUGUUUCUCCCCAAAACAUGCAGGCCUAAGAGACUUGCUGGCAGACGAAUAAUUUAAAGAUGUCUUCUGGAAGAUGUAAAGAGUGGAGAAAGAUUCACCCAAGCAUCUCACCAGGAUUCUUGAUUUUUUCUCUCUCUUCUUUUUAGUUGCUGGUUGCGCUUGUCUGAGAUGAUUCCCAAUCUGUCAGCCCUGGUCAGUAGCUCAGUAAGCACCUUGAGAAUAGCUCAAGUAGAUCUGUAGGACCCUUAUUAGGAGCAGUGGUUCCUCAGAGAGAAACUUGUGAGGCUGUUACACAUUCUACACACCUAACAUUUUCAAAUGAAAAUGAUAAUUUUCAAAUGUUUGACUUUUACCAAAGAUCACUGGAAGGCCCAGUUUGUAAUGUUAGGGGUUUGUUUAAAGUCGUUUUUAUUUUACAAUACAGAGCCCCAAUCAAUUCCACAAUCUCGAUUUCAUACAUGGGACUUUUACUUAAAAUCUGUGGUUUGGGGCUUUAAUGAAUUGGCCUGUGAAAAUGAGCUCUAAAGGUCCUCCCACGCACACUCAAAACUAAAAUUGCUCCAAACCUCUAAGUUCUUCCAGCAAAAGAUUUCUUGGCAUGUAUAUUCACUUAUACUUAGAAAUAGUCGUUCUUUUAAUUUAUGCCAGAAUAACAAAGUGAAAAUCUUAUUUCAAAAUGUUCUUUGUGUGUGUGUGUGUGUGUGUGUGUGUGUCUGUAGUUCUGCUUUCUGGGGUAGACUAGUAAAGUGGUAGCUUCCAGCAUUUUUUCCCUGGGGCCUUAUUUAUAGGGCCACUCAGAUUUAAAUAAAAGUAGUAAAUAAUUUAGCUAAGUGGAAUAAGUAUAAUAAUUAUAGCGGUAGGCAUAUCAGCAUUAUGCCAACAUUCUAGACUCUUUAGUUGAUGUCAUUAAAUGGAAAAGAAACUUGAAUUAAAUGGGUGUACUGUUCACCUUCCCAAGUUCUGUUAUUUCAAACCUGUGAACUAACCUUGCAGUUCAUUAUAAAUCAACAGUCGCAAUUGCAUUCUGAAUUACUCCCUGAUAUUAUUUUCUAGUUGUGUAUCAGCCUGCCUCCUAGGGGUUUUCAGUUCCUUGAAGACAUAACCAGUGCCCCAGAGGGCAUGUAUUUAUCUACCAUUUCUCUAUGUAAGAAGGUAAAAAAAAUUUCCUUAAGCAGUGAUUUUCCAGCCAGAAUAUACAUUAGAUUUUCAUAGGAUACUUUUAUAAAUGACUCAACCCUUUUCCCCACCCCAGAGAUUCAGAUUUAAUUCGUUUUAGAUGGAUCUAUGCAUCAGUAUAUCUAUUUUUAACUUUUCACUUGAUUCUUCUAUGUAGCCAAGGUUGAGAACCACUGCUCUAAAUCAUCAUAUAAUCCAUGCUGGCCACACUACACUCAAGGUCCCUAGGGACCAGUCAUAUUAUCAUAAGAAGUAUUUUCCAUUUUAAUGUGUAAUGGAGUCAUUCAAUGAUCAAAAAUACACUGGGCCAGAUAGUAGACUGGUCCCUUGAUCAGAAGGAUCAGCACACCAGCAUUACCUGGAAAUUGUUCCCAGCCUCUGUCUCCUACCUACUAAAUUAGAAACUCUUGGUUGGGUCCAGUAACCCAUAGCUUAACAAGUCCUCCAGGUAAUACUGAUGUACACUGAUGUCUGAAAACUGCUGUCAUGGACUAUUGAUUGUAUUGAGGAUUAGUCUCAGUUGGAAAGCCAACUACAGAGGCAUUUUGAACUUUCUUUCUUUGCCUCUCUGUGUCUAUCUUUUCCUGUCUUCUCAUUUAUCUGUCUCUUUCUCUAGUAAAUGGCACUCAAUAUAAAAGUGGUGAAGUCAAUCUUAAACUUAUUUUUAUUAUGAUUUUAUGGAUACAUGCACGAAGUCCCUCUACCCUACUCCCUAUUAAAGGAUAUUACUCACUGCACAUCAUAAAUCUCCAUCAUCUGUCUUAAAGUUUUACGAGUAGAUUUCAACUACAUUAUAUUCAAGUUCAUUUAUUACUGAACUGUAUUACUGUGGACCUCUAACAGUAUUUGUUUCCUGAUUUCAACCUCAGUGCUACAGAGCACUUUGAAUACAUCGCACCUUAUGGGAAAGAUAGUAAACUUAUUAAUCCCUUUGAAAAAUUAGUUUUGUACAAUGUGCUAAGUGGUAAUUGCUUUGGAUUACUUUUAUAUUUAACAUACUCCAUCAAAACAUCCCGUAACAUAAUUCUACAAUCUGCAUGUGAAUUUGACUGUGAAAUUCAGUAUUGUGAUAUUUUGAAUAAGUUAAUUCUUUCUCUGCAAAUGCUAUGUUGAUAAAAUUACUUGUAUGUUCACCUGAAAUGAUUUGUUUCCUGUUUCUUCAUUAUUAAAACAUAAAUCAAUCAUACGUUUACAGAUA